CACGACACGUCAGCAGCGCGCCGGCCGACCGGGUCAGAGCCGGGCCGCGCCGGUAGCGCUCAACAGUCCAGUCGGCAGCACUAACACGCCGCCCGUCCACCAGUCGAGUCGGCACUGCGCGCGCAGUAGGAUGCAGCGCCUCGAGGUGACCAGCCGUCAGCUCUCACACCUACUGCUGUGAGCCUCUGACUUUGGGGCGAAGUGGUCUGUCUUUUGGUGCAGUUGCACAACUGCGUAGUCUGUGGAGGACGCCCUGCUGGAUCUGAGGACUGAGGACGGAUCUGAGGACGCCCUGCUGGAUCUGAGGACUGAGGACGGAUCUGAGGACGCCCUGCUGGAUCUGCACAGCCGACGGGUCUGUGGAGGACUCCCUGCUGGAUCUGCACAGCCGACGGAGGACGCCCUGCUCUGUGGAGGACGCCCUGCUGGAUCUGCACAGCCGACGGGUCCGAUUGUGUGGGGCGGACCGGGUGCGACUGGUGCGCGGCGGCGCUAUGGCCGCCGGCCGGCUGCUGGCGCUGGCACCAGCCGCCCUCUCGGUGGUGGCCGGCGCGCUGCUGCUGGUGCCGUACGCCGUGGGGGUGCGGCGCGGCGAGCUGGUGCCGCUGCUGCCGACCGUCAGCCAGGCGGCCUCGUGUCCGUCCACGGCCGCGCUGGCCACCGCCCUGCUGUGCCUGCACGCGCUAGUGGGCGCCAUCUGUUCGGCGGCCGUCGGCCGUCUGCUAGCGGCGCGCGGCGAGCCCGCCUGGACGGGCCGACUCGUGGUGCUGCUCGGCCUGGUCUCGGCGGCGGCCACGGCGCUGGUCGGCCUCACGCCGGUGGCACGCAGGCGCACGCUGCACUUUGCGGGUGUGGCCGUGGCCAUCGGCAGCUGGUCGGCGAGCGCCGCGCUGCUGACGGCGCUGACGCCGCGCUGGCAGCCGCGGCUGCGCCGGCUGCGCCGCUGCCUGCUGGCGCUCACCGCCGGCCUCGCAGUGUCGGCGCUCACCAACAGCUCCCUGGAACCGGACGGCCACGCCGCCAACAUGCAGCUCAUGGACUCGGCGUGCAACGUGACGGAGGCGGCGCGUCUGGGCUGGCGGCCCGGCUCGUGGCGGCUGCACUCGCUGGCGGCGUUCGCGGUGUGCGAGUGGGCGCUGCUCGUCGUGCAGGCCGUGUUCGUGGCCUCGUUUGUGGGCGAGCUAUGGCACAGGCUGGGCGCCCCGGCCGGCGUGUACGCGCCGGUGGUGGUGGCCGCCUCCGCUGGCCACCAGCCGCCCGACUGGCCCAAAACGGCCCUCUUCAUAGCGGAUGACAUGUAAUGCAACAUUAAAUACAGGUGUAACGUCUGGUGCGUUACCGAACGUUCCUGAUGCAUCCUCCUGCGCGUGCGCACGUGCAAACUGGAUUAAAACUGAAAGGACGCUGGCUCCAAGUUCACUAUCGAGGCUCUCACGUAGGUUUUGGCAGCUUCAGCGUCUGGCAAUGAAUUUCUUACCGCAAAAAUAUUACAUUUCAUA